GAACCAUUUAGACCACCACGGCCAGCACGUCGGAUAAAGCCUGACUCUGAAAAGCUGGGCCCGCUACAGCUGAGCUGUCCAACGAUCGGCUUCGUGAGACUGCCCACACCGGUCUCGACCGAGCUAGCGGCUGGGUGCACUCCGGCAAGAACAUUUUGUGGAGAUGGCGGCCUCCGCCAAAGCUGGUGAGGACGAGGAGGAGGAGGAAGAGGAUGACAUGUAUGAGUUCGAUGAGGAUGAGCCAGAGCACCUGCCCUGCUCAUUGACUUAUGUGAUGGUUUGCAUCCUCAUGCCCUGUUUGAAUGGGAUGAUUAGCGGAUAUUGCUGGUCGGGGCUGACAUUGCACUACCGCGCCAUGGGUUGGCCCAUCGCCCGUGCCGGGCUGGGGGGAUCCCUGGGCUUUAUGGGACGGAUCUUCAUGCAACAGGUACAGCUUCGACUUGGCUUUUGGGCCAUCAUUCCUUUGAACUUCAUCCAUCUCAUUGGCGUGAUUUUGGGCAUCUUGUACACCGACCAGGAAUGGGCUGUGUGCCUGGAAGUCGUAUUGUUGCAAUCCCUGGAUGCAGCGAUCACCAUCGAAGGAUUGGCCUUUGAUGUCUUUGGCAGCUCAGAGAACCUGGCCUCCCAGGCAUCUUCUACGAUGCUGGCCAUCUAUACCAUGAGCGCGGCCUCAGCAGUGACGGUGGGCGGGAUCUUGUACGACACCGCAGGGUGGCAGGGGAUGUCCAUCUUCCACUUGAUCCUGCAGGCCAUCCUCGCGAUUCUAUUCAUUGUGUCACCUCAAUGCCGAAGCUCCUUCACAGAGUUCUUCCAGAAGAAGGUCCACGAAGCGGAAGCGAAAGAGGAGGGACCGGAAGAACUGAGCUCUGUCGUCCCAUCGGCGCCGACUACAAGUGGUGCUGCUGUGAUCGAAGAACCUACCUUGCCGGGCCUCGUCGAGGAUGAAGUGCUGUCACCCCUGUACGAGGAAGAUGGUGGAGCCAAGUCUAGCAACCUUCGGGGCUCCAUGCUUUCGGCCGGCGGUGAGGCUUCAUUGCAUCACACACCCGUUCGAAGCUCCAACUUCUCCGCCACGCCGAAUGCAUCGCCGCAGCGCGGCUCUGUCGGAGAGUUGAAGCGCUCGUCGAUGCAAGACGGUCGAUCCUCGAUGCGCUCCGGACGCGCUACCGGACGGAUGAGCCAACAGAGCAGGAAGAGCGGUGUGACCUUUGCCACGCGAAACACCAACAUGAGCCGUAUGAGCGCAGCCUCCCACCGCAGCCGCAUGAGCGCCGUGAGCAAGCUGACGGCUGUGAUGAGCUUGGCGGAGAACGAUGAUUUUCAGCACCAUUUCAUGGCCACGGGCGCCUUGCGACCCCAAAUCGCACAGAGAGCAGGCUUGCAGGACCAGGAGGAUGAGGACGAGGAUCUGGACGAGGAGCCUGUAGUGCCUGGCGGCCAGGAGGAGCUCCAGCAGUUGCGACCGGAGGAGGCCAAGCCGAAAAAGAAAGGCCUUAAGAAGGAUUUGUGGCUUCCCGCUUUCUUACUGGUGCUUUGCAGCUUGAACAACUAUCUCAGCUAUGCCAUGGAAUACGGCACCUUCGCAAUUUUCUUCAAGGAGUACCACGGUUGGACUUCGGCCACUUGGGCUUCCUUGUGCCAGACCGCCGGCGAUCUCUUUGCGGCCGUGAUGAUUAAGCUCAUGGCCCUCUAUGGUCCCUCUGAGGACCCGAUGAAUGCCGGUUGCUUUGAACGUUGGACACGGCAGCCGUACAACCUCUCCUGGCUCCUCUUCUUCUGGAUUUUAUGUAGUGCUGGGAUGUGCGCUCCGCCCUUGGCUGUAGCAGUGAUUGCCCAGAUCCUCAUGGGCACCGUCUUUGUCUACUGCUCAAAGACCGUGACGGACUUGAACCUCUUCUACUCCUUGGGCGAUCCGGACGUCUACCUCACCUUGCAGGUCUACUGCAAGAAUGCCGAUGCAGUGGGCGGCUGCACUUCUUGCUUUGUGGCACUGCUCCUGUAUGAUACGGUCUCUCCCUUUGCACCCUUCGCCGUGGCGGCCGGCUUUAGCACCCUCAUGUUUGUCCUCUACACCGCGGGAUUCUGCCACCGCCUGGGCUUCGGCGAGGACAUCGAGACGGCCGAGCACCGACGCGCCCGUCGCCUGGGGAUGGUACGGACCAGCCGAUGGACCGUCUCGAGCCGCAAGAGCACCGUUCGGCUGGAUGAGGGCUAGGGGUUCACGAAGUCGCCGGAAGGCACAUCUCCUUGCAGCUGCAACCAUGCAAGAGAAGACCGGAGACCGAGAUCUGACGUUUUGGGGUGAAUGACGCCAUCGGGGCCUUGCCAUCGGCUUCCAUCGGCUGUUGGAUAGAGCAUAGGUC